AUGGCGUCAUCCAAGCUGUCCUAUUAUAGACUGGGAAAGGAAGGUGGGUUGCUUGAUGAAGAAUCACAAGAAGUAGAAGUGAUCAGAGCAUUCGGGAAGAUAAGGGGGCGGUUCAAGAUUAAAAGGUUGGUUGGCUGGAGGAGGCGACCAAAGGUUGUAAUUCUAGGCUUGAGGAGGUUGCAGAGAAAAAGGAGGAUUUUCAUGAGAUUAAGAGCGUCAUGGAGUAAGGCUUUGGAGAGGUUAAAGAAUGGGCAGGCUCACAUGAGCGAUCUGUUUGCAGGAAAUUAUCUGUUUAUGCAGGUUAACUCUAGUACUCCUUUUAUGGGUCAUGGCAGAAAGACUCCACUGCCUCGAUCUAGUCACUAA